GGUUUCCAGGUCCCCGUGCUUGACAGGCUCUCCGGUUCCCAGAGCCCGGUGCAGGAUGUUCGUCCUGGUGGAGAUGGUGGACACCGUGCGCAUACCUCCGUGGCAGUUUGAACGGAAGCUCAACGACUCCAUUGCCGAGGAGCUGAACAAGAAAUUGGCCAACAAGGUCGUAUACAACGUGGGACUCUGCAUCUGUCUGUUUGAUAUCACCAAGCUGGAAGAUGCCUAUGUAUUCCCAGGGGAUGGAGCAUCACACACCAAAGUCCAUUUCCGAUACGUCGUGUUUCACCCAUUCCUGGAUGAGAUUCUCAUCGGGAAGAUCAAAGGCUGCAGCCCAGAGGGUGUGCAUGUCUCUUUAGGGUUCUUCGAUGAUAUUCUCAUCCCUCCUGAGUCACUGCAGCAGCCUGCCAAGUUUGAUGAGACAGAACAAGUCUGGGUGUGGGAGUAUGAGACGGAGGAGGGAGCACAUGACUUGUACAUGGACACUGGCGAGGAAAUCCGCUUCAGGGUAGUGGAUGAGAGCUUUGUGGACACGUCCCCCACAGGACCCAGCUCAGCUGAGGCUGCCUCUUCCAGUGAGGAGCCCCCAAAGAAGGAAGCGCCAUACACGCUUGUGGGAUCUAUCAGUGAGCCAGGCUUGGGCCUUCUUUCUUGGUGGACCAGCAACUAGCCCUGAACUUAACAGUGACUGCGCAGACCCUUGACAGUGGAGCAGUUUGCAGAUUCUGAGGAGUGCUGCCCGAUCCAGGCUAGGUGGGACCACGAGUGCCACCUGCUUGUCGUUUUCCUUCCCAGCUCUGGUUUUCUAGAGUCACCCCUGAAGUCCUCUGCACUGGAUUGCUUUUGGUUUUUUUGAGUCUCAUGUGUCCAGGCUGGCUUCUCACUUGCUGAGUUUCUGAUCCUUCAGCCUCUACCUCUUGAGUGCUGGGAUUACAGGUGUGCACCCCUACAUUGAGUUUGUGGUAGUGAGGAUGGGAUGGAGCCAGGGCUUUGUGUACUCCAGGUAAGAAUUCUCCAACGUCCCCAGCACAAGGACCGGGGCCCUCUUUCUUGUUAGGCUGGUAUUGAACUACUGAGCUAGGCUCAUCCUAUCCCUUCCUGUGAACUGUUUUUUUUAGUGACUGAAGAAACAUUUAAUAAAUAAUGACAGCAGCAGAAAA